AUGCUUGCACAGCAAGUAUAUCAUGAAAACAAUGAGGAUAUUGAUAGUCAUAAUAAUGAAAAUAGUCCUGUUCAUAACCAUAACCGUAACCAUAACAUUAACAAUGAGGUAAAUAGGUACGAAGAAAAAUUUCUAUUCUUUGAAAAUAGGCUAUUAAAUGAAUUAGAAGAUUUAGAUGAUCCUUUGGAAUUAUUUUUGGAAUAUAUCAAUUUUAUUAAUGAUCUUGGACUACCAUAUUUUGAGAAUAAAUUAAAACUACUAUUAGAAAGAUGUAUCAAUUACAUCUUUGUGUUGGGUACGUAUUCCAAUGAUCCAAGGUUUGUCAAAAUUUGGUUCUUUUAUUUGGAUCUUUUCAUUUUUGAUAAUGAUGUGAUUCAAUAUCAAAAUAAUUUAUUAUUUAUGUUUUUGAACGGGGUUGGUCAAAGAUUGGCUAUGCUUUAUAUUGAAUGGGCCAACAUGUUUUGGAAUUUAAAACAAUUUGAUAAAAGUUUGUUGAUUCUCGAAUAUGGUAUGAAACAAAAUUCACGACCUAUAAAAAGGUUGCAAGAUAUGUUGAAAGAUUUACAUCAAAGGUUAUUAGAAAUGAAAAUUCAUAUUACACCUUUUCCAAUGAAUCACUGGGAUAUCUUCAUACAGGAGCUAAUACAAAAUUCAAAUACACCAAGUUUUAUAACACAUAAAAUAACAAGCACAAACACAGGCACAAAUCAUAACAUAUCCAAAAUUGUAUCACCAGUUCGGCAAACGCCUUUACAAAUUUUUGCAGACACUACAGAUACAUCAAAAAUUAGUAAACCGAAGCCAAGCCCUGUUUAUCAGAUAAAUCAAAUUGAAGGUAGACUACCUGAGAAAAUCGAUUGUAAUUUCGAUUUAAUCUAUAAUUCAAAAUAUCAAUAUGGUGAAAUAGGUUUUGAAGAAUUGCUUUCAUUAAUGAAACCAUCUCCUCGAAACAUAGAAAAUCCUGGUUUGCUAUCAUCAUCAUUAUCUGUACAGGCACAACCGAAAAAUUCCGUUAAAAGAAAUGCAUUUGAAGUUAUCAAUAUUGACACCGAUGAAAGUAACUCAAUCAAAAGACAAAAGAUGAUGGAACAACUACCGUCUUCUCAACCACCAAUAAAUAAUAGUAAAAUUCAGAUAUUUGAUGAUAGAGAUGCUACAGUAGAAUAUAACACCAAAAUAUCACUUCUACCAUUAAAAGAAGAAGAAGAUAAUAACUUAACGACAAAUAAUACUAACACAGUGACAUUUUUCUCUAAAGAUGCUAUAAAUGAAGUUUAUUGCAUGUUUAAUCAAAAUUUAAAUGAAAAUAAUAAUUCUAGUAUUAAGGAUAUAAACCACUCUGGUCAAACUAAUAAAAUCAAUACUAAUAUUCUUAACGAUAAUCAUAAAAUUAAUAAUUAUACUACUGAUAAUACCACAAAUAAAUUUUCUAUAUAUGAAAAUAUAACACAAGAUCUUACAAGACCUAAUAUAGAUGAUCUUACUGAAGUGAAAGUUCCAGAAGAUACAAAUCAGGUAGACAGCAUCUCCAAAACGGAUGUGCCGAAUCCAAGUUCAAAUCCAAUCUCAAUAAACAACAUUAUACCUAAUGAAGAUCACUAUGGUAAUAUAUACCCUAUUGAAGAAAGAACAGAAAACUCAAUUCAUACACCAAUAUAUCAACCAUCCCAAGCAUUACAAUCUCAAAGUUCACCUUUUAUCUCUCAACCAAGUAUAUUUUCUCAAAAGAAAAAUUCUAAAAAUGAAAAUGAAUUAGUCCAAUUGCCAUCAAUUAUAAGUCAUCCGUUAAGUGAUGACUUACGACAAUUACUACUAUCUAAAUUAUCUCCUCCCUUGUCUGAAUAUGAUUCAUUUUUCCGAUACAAUCAAAAGCUGAAUAUGAGUCACCAAUUAGAAAGAAUCCAUAAAAUUACCAAAAGCUCACAAAAAAAACUUCCCAUUAUUAAUUUUACAAAAAUAAAUAAAUUUUAUUGUAUUCAUUCAGAGUUGGGUCGUGGCGGAUAUGCAAUUGUCUACUUAGCAGAAUCUGACGACGGAUCUCUAAAUGCGUUAAAAGUAGAAAAACCAGCAAACUCAUGGGAAUAUUAUAUACUAAGGCAAGUUGAAUUGAGACUGAAGGAUCAACACAAUGUAUUAAGAUCAAUAAUUAAUAUAAAUUCAUUACAUUUCUUUCAAGAUGAAAGUUAUCUGAUACUAAAUUAUGCAAAUCAAGGAACUAUUUUGGAUUUGGUCAACCUGUACCGUGAAGAUAUGAAUGGUUAUAAAACAUUAGAUGAAUUGGUUUGUAUAUUUUUUACUAUUGAAUUGAUUAAAGUAAUAGAAGCACUCCAUGAAAUUAAAAUUAUACAUGGUGAUUUAAAACCUGAUAAUUGUAUGAUUAGAUUGUUACCUAUACCUAAUGGAGAACAAUUAGGCAAUUAUAACAGAUUUGGCGAUGAAGGUUGGAAUCAGAAGGGUAUUUAUUUAAUUGAUUUUGGGCGCUCCUUUGAUCUAACAUUUUUCAGCAAUGGCACAAGAUUCAAAUCAGAUUGGCCUAUAGAUGAACAAGAUUGUUAUGAAAUGAGACAUGGUUUGCCAUGGAGUUAUGAAUGUGAUUAUUUCGGCCUUGCUGGGAUUAUUUAUUGUAUGUUAUUUGGAAAAUUUAUGGAAACUGUAACAGAUUCUGGUAAUAAUAGAAUAAAAUUGAGACAAUCCUUAAAACGUGGAUGGCAGAAAGAUAUUUGGAAUGAAUUGUUUGAUUUGCUUUUAAAUAGUGGUCAAUAUGAUUUACCUAUUACAAAUAAGAUCAAAAUAAUGCGAUUAAAAAUGGAAGAUCACAUUUUAAAGGAUGAACACAAUUGCAGUAGGUUAAGAUCGUCGAUAUUACAAAUUGAAAAUGAAUUAUCCCAGAUCAGAAAUAAACAUUAUUACUCACAAAAAUAA